UGUGGCGGCAGAGCAGUCGGCGGCGGCUGCGACGCGUCCGGGCAGGACGGAGGCGCCGCCCAGCAGGAGCGGCCCGGCAUGGGUAGUGGCAUGAAGGAGGCCUCCGUGCGCCUGCGCGAGGAUGCCGACGCCGUCCUGCCCUCCCCCGAGAGAGACCACCAGCAAGUGCUAAGCUCCCUGCUGUCCGGUGCCCUGGCUGGCGCGCUCGCCAAGACAGCGGUAGCUCCCCUGGACCGGACCAAGAUCAUCUUCCAAGUGUCUUCAAAAAGGUUUUCUGCUAAGGAGGCCUUCCGACUCCUCUACUUCACCUACCUCAACGAGGGCUUCUUCAGCCUGUGGCGUGGGAACUCGGCCACCAUGGUGCGCGUGGUGCCCUACGCCGCCAUCCAGUUCAGCGCCCACGAGGAGUAUAAGCGCGUCUUGGGCCGCUACUACGGCUUCCGCGGAGAGGCCCUGCCCCCUUGGCCUCGCCUUCUCGCGGGCGCGCUGGCGGGAACCACGGCUGCUUCGCUCACCUACCCCCUGGACCUGGUCCGAGCCAGGAUGGCUGUAACCCCGAAGGAAAUGUACAGCAACAUCUUCCACGUCUUUGCCCGAAUCUCACGGGAAGAGGGGCUGAAGACGCUGUACCAUGGGUUCACACCCACCGUGCUGGGCGUCAUUCCAUAUGCAGGGCUCAGCUUCUUCACCUACGAAACGCUAAAGAGCCUGCACCGAGAGUACGGCGGCGGCCGGCAGCCCUACCCCUUCGAGCGCAUGAUCUUCGGGGCCUGUGCGGGCCUGCUCGGCCAGUCGGCCUCCUACCCGCUGGACGUGGUGCGGCGACGCAUGCAGACGGCCGGCGUCACGGGCCACACACACGGCUCCAUCCUGAGCACACUCCGCGCCAUUGUGCGUGAGGAGGGCGCUGUGCGUGGCCUCUACAAGGGCCUGAGUAUGAACUGGCUCAAGGGCCCCAUCGCUGUAGGCAUCAGCUUUACCACCUUCGACCUCAUGCAGAUCCUGCUGCGGCACCUGCGGAGCUAGGGACCUUUGGGAAGCUGGAGCCCACGACCGCCUUGCCCUGCGGCCUCUCUGAGGGGCGGGGGGCGGGGUUGUGGCUCCCAGUGCACUGUUUAGAGGACGCUGCUGCUGAGACCGCCCCCUCCCAAAGGUGUCGUCCCCCAUCCCUGAGCCUGGGCCACUUGUCCUUGUGGCACUGUGACCUUUGAGAUGCUGCUGAUGCUGGUGACCCCGUGCAGGGGCGCAGAGUCCUCCUGUGCCCUUCCCCUGACUGUGUGCGUGCCUGCCGCCAGGCCCCUCCAGGACAGACUAGCCCUCUGUCCUGCCUUCUCAGCCUCUCCCCAGGGUCCCCAAGCCUUCUCCCAGGAGCAGGUCUUCCUCGUGGCCCAGUUUGUCUCUCCCCAGGAGGGUCCCAUGACCGGACCAUGGCUUGGAGCCACCUUGGGCUCGGCUCCGACUCCUCUGGGGUGCUGCAGAAAAAAAGCACCCAGGCCAUGUCCUGCCCCACUGAGUGCCAGAGCCUGACACCCAUGGGUCUCCAGGGGUCUUGUCCAUGAUGUGGAGCAACUUAAGGACCCCAAGGGGCAUCUUGAACAGAAGCUCAUGGUGGCUUUGACCCUCCCAGAGGAAAGAGGCCCUGACAGUGGGGAGGGGUGCGGAAGUUUAGGGGGCCUCAGGGCCCCCCAGCCAGUUUAUCUCCUGGAGAAGUCCCCAGGGACCCAUGCCUCCCUUUCUAAUGACACCUGACUUCUUUUUGGUUUUGGCUCUGACCUUGUGAACCCGGCUCUGUCCUCAUCAAACCUUACUGGGUGCCGUCUUGUUCCAGCAUGGCUGGCAUGGAGGGUCCCAACUGGAGCCAGGAUCUGAGUGAGUGGGCUGGCCCUGUGUGCAUCCGUGACCGGGACACUCCUGCCUGUACCUGUGAUGGCAAGGGCCCUGUGCCUUGCCUUGCAUAUGUCCAUAGCUGUCCCUGUCUUGUCACCAAGGGCCCAGUCAGCUGGGGCAGCUGUGAGACUUGCCAGGAGUGGCUGGCCACCUUGUGCUGGGGAUGGUAGCCCCUGAACAGGUGAGGGUUUGGGGGCUGGGCCACCCAGGCAGUGACAGUAGGCUGACGGCUGGCAGUGCCUGCGUUUGGGCUUCUGGCCAGGCAGGAGAGACGAGGCCCGUGGGAUCCCUAGGACCUACAGGCCUGUGUGCCUUUCUCGGGUGGCUCCCUGCAGCCACCCCUCCGCUGGUCGCUGGGCCUGGACUGGAGUUGUAUUUUGAUGCCAUGAAGACACUUUGUUUAUAUAUGUUUAUAUUUUAAAGGUUUGU